ACCACUAGGGUAGUUAGCAUUGUUUUUGAGAGGUAAACAAAAAUCUGUUUCAUAAUUUGGUAAAGAAAUCUUCUUUUAUCAUAAAGUUUGGAUACUUAUAUUCAUUGGAAAGUGUUGGUUUGAGUUUUAGCAGGAAAUAAAUUCAAUUAAAAGUAUUAGAAAAGAUAUCAAAUAUGAGUUGAUCAACCUAAACACUUAUUAGACUUGAUGUUUCUGUGGUAUGGAAAACUUUGGCAUGACAAUUCAUACCAUGAUCACGUGAAGCACUUGGCAGCAAUUUCCGUGAUAACGUACAUGAAUCUCCUAGGACUGUGUGUAAAGGAAUCGCGCUCCGGCUUGUUUCAAAUUGCUCUUAUUCUCCUGGUUUAUUACAGGCAACACGACAGAGGCUAGUGGUUAUACAGUCAGACAUUUGGUGCAUCUAAUAAGGUGUAAUUUGGAAUAAUAGUAAUGUCUGCGUCAAAACUUUUAACGAUGCCAAGGCCGGAAGAUGCGUUACCAGGUAGAGAAGAGAAAAUGGUCGUAGCAGCGAGACAUGUUGUUAAUGGCAACCCAACGCUACCUCCAUUUCCGGAGCGCACGCAGAUAGCGAUGUUUGGAAUGGGGUGUUUCUGGGGAGUAGAAAGGUUAUUCUGGAGUCAACCGGGUGUGUAUUCUACACAGGUUGGUUAUUCAUCCGGCUUCUCAAGUAAUCCAACCUACGAAGAAGUGUGUACGGGUAGAACUGGUCAUGCCGAGGUUGUCAGGGUAAUAUAUGAUCCAGAAAUUAUCUCUUACACAGAUCUUUUAAAGAUAUUUUGGGAAAAUCAUGACCCCACCCAAGAGAAUCGCCAAGGUCGGUACCAGGGAACCCAAUAUCGGUCUGGUAUAUACUACUAUUCAAGCGAUCAAAAAACUAAGGCAGAGGCGUCGAAGGACAAAUAUGACCGUCUGUUAGAAAGUGAAGGUCAUGGUAAAGUCGUUACAGAAAUAAAGCCUGUUUCAGAGUUUUACUAUGCAGAGGAUUAUCAUCAACAAUAUUUGUACAAGAACCCAGAUGAAUAUUGUGACCUUAAAGGAACUGGAGUUAGUUGUUCCUAAAGCUGUACACGUGACUUUAAACAUACUCUUUCACUGUCGCCAUAUUGAUAAAACGAAUAACACAUUUACUGGCUGAUGUCAUGUUUUGACGUUACCAAUAAAAUAUAGUUUUAUAUAACACCAAAAAAAAAAAAAUAAAUAAAUAAAAUAAAACACCAUCUAUCCUUGGUUGCAUAGGAAACUUAGAACAUCACAAUACGCAUUUCCUUGUAUUUCAAGGUGACAACGUAAACAGAACCAAAGUUUCAACGCAACGAUAAUAGUAUGUGUAAAAAAAUAUCAGGGUAACAACAUCAGGUUUAUACAAGUUCCUUCGACUGCAAUGCGAGAGAGAAUAUUUUGUUAUCAAUUUACCAUCUCAUCCAUUACUAACAAGAUGUAAAUGUAUGAAGUUCAAUUUUUGUUGUUGCUGUUGUUGUGUUUUUGGGUUGGUUUGUUUUGGUUUUUUUUCCUUUGUUUUUUUUUUAAUUAUGUUUCAAUGAGCAUGUCAGCAUAAACUACUUGUAGUUUGUCGUCUGAUUUAUCAUGUGCUUGACUAUGUACAGUUCCUACACAACUAUGCUUUGAACCGUAGUAAACCAUAUAAUGAACGCAAAAAGGGAUGCUGCAUUUAAGAAAUAAUUUAUAGCAAAACGGUAUUUUAACAUUAUUUAUACACGAUGGGCGGUUAUACACGAGGGCGUAGCCCGAGUCAAUUAUUUCAUGCGACUUGUAACCGCCGAAUAGUUUUAACUUAAAUAUGGACAUGAUGUGAAUGGAAUGCGAAAGCUAUAAUUGUACUGUUUAGAUAAAUGCUUUAGAAAAUAUUAAAGACAUUUAAUUUGA